AUGUCUACACGACUCAAGAUGGCCAAAGGCAAUAACAUCCCAUCGCAGCCUACGAUUGACACCGAACCUGAACUGACGAACUCUAUACGACUCGAGUUUAUAACAGGCAACAUAGCCUGCCCGACGAAUGCCAACGAACUUCCACCGACUAUUUCGAAGCGCCUUGCGUUGGUCAAGGGACAAGUUGCGCCUGUUCUGAGUACGGAUCCGGAGGAGGAUGUUGUUGGAUCUGAGCUUCCGAAGACGAUGUCUAAGCGGGUUGCGUUGGUUAAGGGGAUGGGAGAGGAUGGUGUUACCGGAGGAGAAGGAAGGGAAUUUGAAGAAGGAAAAGGCUGA